CAAUAAAGAAAUUCCGUUAAAAACCUAACGGGACGACCAUGAGUAAAAAUACAGUCCKGCAAGAGUCUUCCGGCUCUUCGUUUCAAAUGUACCAAAGUGGGAUUUCUGAUGCACGAAGCAAAGACACUUUAAGUGACGAUACCGUAGCGUACACAAGAGUACAGAGAACUUCUAGGGGGUUGUACGACGACUCUGAUUUGACGCUCAAAAGAUAUGAUUCUGCCAAGGAUACUUUCAUAGAUCUGGAAGCCGCGUACAAGAGAUUCCAGCUUCAGCUGCAGACUGAAAGAGACAGCCAUAAAUUAGAGGUUGGCAAACUCACUUCUCGUAUAGACUCGCUUACAGAGCAGAAUAGAAAACUCAACGAGCAGAUAAGUACUUUUAAGUAUGAUUGCAAGAAACAUCAGGARGAGCUUAUGGCUGCGCAGCGUAAACUGCGAGACAAGGACUGGGAAAUCGAGUCCCUCAAGAGAGAUCUCGGCUUCCGAGAAAAUACCAUCGAGAAAAUUCGUUCAGAGAAAGUUGCUCUUGAGCUCGAGCUAAACACACUACGAGAUGAGAUGUCGAUGCAGGUCAUGCARGCCCCCGUGGUUGAGUCAGCGGUCGAUGAAACGGAAUUUUAUUUGCUACGUGACCAAGUAUCGCAAUGGGAGAGUGACUACAACUUAAUAGUGGAUGAGAGGGACACUUUGCUGAAUGACUUAUCGGUUUUGCAAGCAAAGGUCUCAGGCUUAGAAAGUGACGUCGACAAGUAUAAGAGGCAGGCCCAGUCUUCUGGAAAAAAUGAGACCCAGAUUAUUUCAAAGUAUGAGGUUCAGAUCCAAAACUUUAACAAAAAGAGGRAUAUUCUUCGUGGCCAGUAUGACAACUUGAAGGAAGAGCUAAAACGAUGUCGCGAAACUAUCGCUCGAAUGGAGGCCGAGGCAAUGGAGAACCAAGUCAUUACGAACAAACUCAAAGAAGACAAUUCCAUGAAAGCUCACAAGAUAGACAACUUAAAUGCAACCAACGCUGAACUUCAAGAUAAACUGGACAAGUUGAGAGCGCAGCUSUCAAAGACCGAGGCGGAGCUUGAGUUCUUACGCAGGCAGUCAUCAACUCGAGAAGAUAUGUUUAAGAGUUAYGAGAAAAAACURCAUGACCUUGAGGAAACACUAGCAAGACUCCAGUCCGAGCGAGAUGCAUUUGAGAGCGACCUUACUGUAGCAAACAUGAAAGUUGACGAGUUUGAAAAGUCUAACCUAAAAUGGAGAGAUCGAGUACACGAAUGGGAGUCUGUGGAGGUGAUGCUGAAGAAACAGAUAGGUGAUCUUACGUCCGAGCUGGAAACUACCAAGGAGAAGUUAUCAGAGCAGGUGGACGGCGAGGUGAUCAAUCGUUUACGUGAACUCCAAUCACAGCUGGACGCAUCGGUAACAACCAUCAACGACCUGAGAUCUGAGUAUGACUUGAUUAUAAGAGAAAGAAAUGACCUUAGAAAGGAAUUCGACGGACUGACGACAAAGAUGUCGGGUUUGCAAGAAACAAUAAGAUUACGAGAGACGGAGAAGACGGGUCUUGAAAGACUGGUUACUGACUACAAGAAUAAGCUUUCACGACUUGAAAGCCAAAUCCAAACACUGACCAAUCUACGAGACAAGCUGAAAAAAGAUCUUGAGAGUGAAAAAGCUAGAUCCGGAGAAAUAAAGAAAGACCUUUUGAGAGUCGAAAACGAGCUAGCAGAAGCCAGACGAAAUGCAGAUCGCCUGAAAGCAGAGAUAGCUAAAAAUAAAAAGACCAUAGAAGAAUUAAAAUCAAAGAUAGCAACACUGGAAGAUAAAGUUGAUAGUUAUAGAGAGGAAGCAGAGAACCUCGAGAAGAAGAUUGAAUUUUUGGAGCGCGAGAAAGAAGAUCUUCAUGACCAGUUGUUGGAGAUGCAAAAGCACCUACAAGACGUAGAGUCUAACUACAGAGUGGUGUCGACCGAACGCGACCGAAUCAACAGCGAAUUGCAAAGCUGCUACAAACAAAUCGCUGACCUACAGUCCAAAUACAAUGUCUGCGAAGAGCAAAAGAAUGACUACGAGCAAAAGGUCAUCAUGCUAACGCAAAAGGUGGGAAGACUGGAGGAUGACCUUGACAAAGCUAGAAGAGAUAACACAGUGCUUGAAGCAGAGGCUAAAGACCUUACAACCUGGAAAGAGAAUGCUACCCAUGAAAUCGACACACUUCAGAAACAACUCAGGGAUGAAAAGAGGCUUUCUGAGUCGUUUCAGAAAGAGAUAGAGCAGAGGGACACUACAAUCGAUGAUUUAAAGGCAAAAAUUAGCAAACUAACAAAUGAAAAUGAGGCCCUUACUGACGAGCUGACAUCUUUAAAGGCUCUUUUCAAGACCAUUGAAAACGAGAACAAGGGAUUGCAGGACAAAUUAGAUGCUGCAAAUGAUGAAAUUGCCAGGCUGACAGCGUUGUACGAAUCUACAACACAGAACAAAGACCAACUUGUCAGCGAAGCAACUGUCGUACAGAUGAAGGCUAGCGAAGUGGAAUCGUCAUAUAUGGAUAGCGUGCAAAGAGAAAAAGACGUCGCAGCUCAACUAGAGGAAGAACGAGACAAAAACAGAUUUUUGGAAAUGGACAUUGAGGAACUGAAAAAGACCGUUGUUAAUUUAAAUGAACAAAUCAGUGUUCGCCAAAGAGAUUUUGACAAGCUUGAAAACGACAUGGACGUAGCUGAGGAAAAAAUAAUCUCUUUGAACCUUGAAAUUGAAAAGAUAACAAAUGAAAGAGCAUUAGAGUACAAUCGCCUCAUCUCUGCUGAAGCCAGGCUAGCUGAAAUCGAGAAAGAACUCGAAACAACCCGAAGUGAAAAAGAAACAGCUGAGAAGGAGUUGUACGAUCUGCAGACUAAGACUUCCAAGCUUGAGACACAGUUGGAAACGAGUAAAAAGCUAGUGGCACAACUGAGGGAACAACUAAAUAAUUUGAAUGCUCAACUUCUAGACUACAAGGAAAGGCUUAUGCAGAUUGAGAGCAAGUCUGUUCAAAGCGAGAAAUUUAGUGAAACUUUAAAUUCAGUGAUAAGCAGAAAGGACAAGACCAUCCAGGAGCUAAACAAUAAGAAUCGUGUGCUGCAAGACGAGUUGGAUAAAAUCAAACGACAACUGAAUAAGGCAAAUGGUGACAAUGAAACCUUGGCAGUUUUAAAAGAAGAGUUACAGAACAAACUAAAAAACGCCAUCAACAAAUCAAGAGAUCUAGAAGACGAAAUCAGAGGUCUGAAAGAAAAGCGCAACAAUCUUGAGCAUGAUUUGAAUUCUAAAGAUCACGAGAUGCAAAAGCUUGAAAUGCAAAUUCCGCCACUGAAAAAAGAGCGCGACCAACUAAAAGACGAAAUCAACAGCAUAAGACAAGAUUACAAGCAUGUUAAGGAAACCUUGUUGAAUGCUCAGAAUCUUAUCAACGACCGCGACAGGACAAACAGCACCCUCAACAAACAAAUCAAGGAAAACCUCAAGAUCAUUGAAAACCUAAAGAGUUCAAAAGCUGCUUUAGGUGAAGAAAUCGCAAACCUCAAGACAGAGCUAGAAACUGUCCGAUACAAUAGCCAGGAGAAAAUCAGAGAACUUCAGGACAAGCUAAAUAGUGCGAGCCUGCAUGUCUCCAAAUACGAAACCGUGCUAUCCACGUCAGUGCGCGAGAAAGAUCUCCACCAAAAAGAGCGGCAAGACUUUGAAAGCAGGAACUUUGAACUAGAAAACCUUUACAGAGCUAGUCAAGAUAGAGAAGCAGAUCUUAAGAACGAGGUACAUGCUCUCAAGGCAAAACUGAAUCAGAUAGACGCAGAGUACAAAAAGUCGCAGAAACGCAUUAUUGAGUUGCAGCACCAGGUUUCGCAGCUAGAGAGAAAAGUUACUGAUUUAGAAGGCGCCAAUGAAAGGGUAACUCGAGACAAGAAAGACCUAAAAGACUCGUUGGUUUCUGCGAAUUCAAAGAUCACAGAACUUGAGCUCAAAACAGAGUACGAUGACAAGGAAAUAGCAUCGCUAAAAAAGCAGCUGCAAGAUGCUCUGAACAGAAGUGCAGCAAGUCGUGAAGAAUUAUUGCGACUGGAGCAGCAGUUGAUUGAAAUGAGGCUUAUUGCAGACUCGGCACAAGAAAAGCUGAACGAAAAGGAUAACAUCAUCCACCAACUGGAAUCAUCAAAAAAUCAUCUAAUAGAUGAGAUCGAGAAUUAUAAGCUCACAGUUUCAGCGACUGAGAAGGAGAGAGACAAGCUAAAAGAGGAAAUAGAUCAAUUAAAGGAAGACAAUAUAGAGCUUAGCAGAUCGAUCCAAGAAAUUGAAGGAGAAAUGCGUCGUCUGACAAUGGAGCGAGAUCGCCUUAAAGCUGAUUAUGAUUCAAGCGUGAAAAAGGUGUCGUCUCUUGAAGAGCAAAUUGUUAUCCUGUCACGAAAUGAAGAAGGAAACAAGGAUAAGGCUAACGAGCUAAGGAACCUACUUAACAGCCAUAGAGAUGAGAGAAUGACAAUGGAGAAAAACCUCAACGAGCUGCAAAGUAAGGUUGAUGUCUAUGUUGUUGACUUACAGAAGAAGGAUCAAGCUAUAGAAGAUCUGAAAAAUGAACGCGAUAACCUAGCAAGAGAUUUCGACAACAUGAAAAAAGAUUUUAGACGUCUUGAAGCUGAACAUGACAGGCUGGUCAAAGAAAAGGCAGAGAUUGAAAAGAAUUACAAGAUUAUUGAAGAAAAGUAUAUCUUUAUUGAAAACAGCUUCGAAAAUGGUAAAAGUGAAACAAACGAUCUUAAAGACGAGGUCGUGGGACUACGGAAACGUUUCCAAGACAUAGAAAACGCUAACAAACUAUUAAACGACAAAGACAAGGAAAUGCGAGAAAAGAUCGCUACCUAUGAAAGUGACAUUUCAAGGCUGGAAUCUACCAAUCAGAUAAACAAUGAGCGCAUCAUGGAAUUAGAACACGAGUUGAAGGCAGCCAACGAUGAACUAAAACCUCUCUAUGGAGAUCGUGAUCGGGCUGUGCACGACCAUGAAAGCAUAACCGAAGAGUUAGAGCAAGUCAAAACGUAUGUGAAGAAACUAGAAAGACAGUUAGAUGAUACGAACAAAGAGAAGAAAGCACUUGAGGUUCAGCUGGAAGAAAGUAUAGGAAGCAUUCAAUCAAAUGAGACGCAGCUCAUGAAUGCUGAACGGGAACUGCAAGAAGUUCUUAUGAGUAAAGACAAUACUGACGCGGCUGAUGCUUUAGAAACUGUGAAAAAGGAAAGGGACGCACUAAGUAGGGAUGUUCAAACUCUCAGAGAGGAGAUAACAACAAUGAAGUCGACACUAAAUACUACAUUGAUGAAGAAAGAUGAUCUCGAAAAGGAGGCCUUUACUUUAAGAAGACAAGUCGCUGACUAUAUGACAAAGAUUAAAAGCCUGGAACAAGAAAAUGAAGACCUUAACCGAGAGCUGAUCAAAAACCAGAAAAAGCUGUCUGAUUUUGAGGAGCAAAUCCAUCGCCUUGUAACAGAAAAAAGCAACCUCAAAGAUGAGCUUGAUGACGCACGAAGCAAACUUGAUAAGCAAAAAGAAAUCAAUUUGAAUCUGGAACGAUUGAUCAUGGAGUUACAAUCUAAAGUGGAUGCCAUGGAGCGGACAAUCGAAGAUGGCAACAACCAGAUAGAGUGGUAUCGCAAUACCCAAAAAACCCUGGAAGAUGAAAUUGUUAAUCUUAAGAAAAAACUUUCAACUUACAGAACCGAGUCGGAUAGGCUCUCGCAAGAUAACACUGCCCUAAAUAUGAAGGUUCACGAGCUAGAGUCUAAAAUAGCCGACCUCACGCAUCAAGUGGAAACUUUGGAAGGAGAAAGGAACAAGCUUCGACAAGAAAACAUCUCCAUAACAACGUCGAUGAAUGAGUACAAAAAUAAUUACAACACUGCCAAGAAGGAUGUCGACCGCCUUCAAAAUGAAAUCACUUCUUUGAACAGAAAAGUAGUUUACCUGGAAACACGUAACAAUGGUCUCGAGGUGGAUAAAGAUCGCAUAAAGAAGGAACUAGCCAACGUUAAGAAGGAAAACGCUGAGUUAAGUGCACGGAUUGAAGCUUUGUUGGGAGAAAAGAAUAGGCUCCAAAACGAGAUUUCCGUCGUCCAGAAGAAAUAUACAGAGAUUCGAACUUCAUAUGAUGACAAGCGAGACAAGAAAAAGCCAGAUCCCAAUCUGCAAAAGAAAUAUAAUGAUUUGCAAGACACAUAUCAAAAGACACUGAAGGAUAAGGAAGACGCUGAAAGAAAGUACCUCGAGAUCAGCCGGCAGUACUCUAAAUUGGAACUAGAACAUGGAGACUGUGGAAGAACAAUAGAUUCUCUAAACCACGAUCUUAGUCUAAAAAUAAAAAGAAUAGACGAGCUUCAAGACACUCUCUCACUUCUUCAAGGAAAGGAUGUUGUUGAUUCUGGUGAUUACAAGAAUCUAAGAAAAAAGGUAGUAAACCUAGAACAAGAGUUGCAAGGUGCUAAUAACAAGAUCUAUCGUCUGGAGGCUUAUAAAACGUCUUACGAAGAAAAAUUCCAAAAGAUGCAAGAGGACCUUGUGGCAGCUCAGCAACGUGCUUCUCAGUCAGAUAACACUCUUCAGGAAGCUUAUGAGGAAAUAAACAUCUUAAAGAAGGACUUAAUGGACCUCAAGAAAAAGAAUUCUGAUCUAGAAACAGCAAACCAAGCUCUUAAUAAUGCUAAGAAUGAAUUAAGGCGUACCAUCCAGGAAUACCAAAACAAGAUUACCACUUUGGAAGACGAGCUUCAAGUAGAACUAAAGCAGCAAGCUCACCUAAAGGGAAUCCUCGAACAAACUAAAAUGCGAAAUGAAAAACUGAAGGAAGAUGUCACCAAGCUACAAAAGAGGCUCAUUGACCAACAGAAGUAUUAUGAGGACCAACUAAAAGAUUUGACAGAAAUGAGAGCAAUUAUUGGAAGACUUCGAGAUGACAACCAUUCUUUAGAAAAUGAGAACGAAACCCUUAAGAAAGAACUGGAAAUGGUCCGUCAUGAAGCAGAUGAGGCCACUCAAGAAUUACGUGAGGUUAAGUAUGACCUACAGAAGCUCCAAAUUCAGUAUACAGAGCUUGAGAGCACUAUUCGUCUUUUGAGAGAUGAAAAUGAGAAGCUCAAAAUCGAGCUUGAAUCUGUCAAGAGGCUGUAUGAUGAACUUAGAGUGACCUAUGAGGAGAGCGUUAUCAUCAAAUCAUCAAAUGUGGAAGAAGUUGAAGCAAUGCCUGAGAUGCCUGAAGAUUAUGAAUCAAUGAAGCUGGAUAACGACAGACUAACAAGUGAGAAUUCUGCAUUGAAAGGAAAGAUUGAUUCAUUUGAGAAUACCAUAAACGUUUUGAAAGAAGAAAGAAAGAAACUACAAGAUAAGAUCUUAGAGCUUCAAAAGGCAGCAUCUGACAAAGCCCUUGAGUUACAGACGAUGAGCGGAGACAAGAAUAAACUAACUGUAACUGUUGAAACCCUUGAAAGAAAAAUAGCCGAUAUGAAACAGGAGGAAGACGAGCUUCUUGAGGAAAGAGAAGCCCUGUUGAAGGAGCUUGACACCAUGGAGCGCAAGCUUCAUGAUCUUGUUAUCGAGAGUCAGAAGUCUAAACAAGCUGAAGUAUCAUCUGAACAAAUAUUUUCUGUGAUUGAGGCCGAUUACAAGAAGCUGCAAGAACGGGAAGCUGAGCUACAGGUUGAGCUUUUAGAAGCGCUUAAGAAAGUUUCGCAACUCGAGCAUGAUGUUAAAGCAGAGCGAGAUCGCUCCAGUGGCGCAACUGAUUCCAAUAAGUUGCUGGAGGAUCAGGUAGCAACACUAAGGAAAGAAAUUGUGACAUAUCAAGAAAAGAUGUCUAGAGUAGAAGCAGAUAGAGAAAUCGGACAGGGCAAAGUCAAAGAUCUACAGAGUGAAAUAAGCGAAUUGGAAGAUAAAAUCAAGGACUUGAAAAAGUCCAACGAACUUACUCAACGGGGUAAAACAGAUCUGGAAAAUGAAAUAAUUUUCCUCAGAAACAAAAUGAAGAAGCUAGAGAUUACUAUUGACGACGAAAGAAAAGCAAAAGAAUCACUGAAAACUCAGCUAGAAGACUACAGGAAAAAAGGGGACGACCAGUCUAAAGAUUUUGGAACAAGGGUCACCGAGAUCCAAAUGGAGAUGGAAACCUACCGAACAGAGAUCGCUGAAAAAGAUCGUGUUAUUUCGACACUCCAAGCAAAGCAAGUAGACCUUGAAAGUGAUAUUUCCAAACUAAAACGAGACUUAAGUAACCAGCGACUGGAAUGUACAGAGCACACUAGAGAUCUCGAGAAUGCUAACAAGGAAAGAUCAGAGUUGGAAGUUCAAGUCAAUGGACUUAGAGGUCAAGUUCGAAACUUCCAGCUAUUAAUUGAAGAAGGAGGAAAAGACAAGUCAGAGCUGUCAGUUCAACUUGAAGACUUCAAGAGAAAGAACGAAAACGUUAAACGUGAGCAUACUACUCAAGUAAGCGAGUUGAAAGUCCAAAUUGAAGACUACCGCAAAGAUAUUGGUGCAAAGGAAAGAAAAAUAAAAGAAGUGUCAGAAAAGCUACACACAGUUGAGCAUGAACUUACUACAGUGAAAAAGGAACUCGUCAAAAAGGAAGAGGAUAAUGUUCAUCUUGCCAAGGCUGUCGAAGAAAGCAAACGCUACCGAACAGAACUGGAAAUUGAAGUUGGAUCCCUUAAAAACCAAGUGGCUACAUUGGAAGUUAAAAUUGAGUCUGCUAAGAAAGAGGUUUCAAGUCUACAGAUCCAACUCGUGGAGACGAAGACACAUGGAGAAAAAGAUUCCGAACAGCAUGUUACUUUCGUGAGUGAGCUCCAAACAAACCUAGAGGGGGUGAAGAAAGAGGUGGUCACAAAGGAAGAGGAAAUUGAGCAUUUGAAGAGUGAGAAUGAGCUUGUCAGACGCGAUUUGUACACCAAACAAGCUGAAUGCUCUAGUACAAUUGAAAAGAUUGAGAAAAUCCAGAAUGAAAAGACAGAGCUAACUAUACAAAUAAUGGAUUUGCGCGAAAAGGUAAUCUUCCUCGAGAGUGAAGUUCAGAAAGAGAGAAUAGAAAAGGAAAGUUUUCAACAAUCAGUUGUUGACAUGAAAAGAAAAGGAGACACUGACAGCGAAGCAAUGAGCAGGGAACUAACGGAUGUUAGCACACGAUUGGAGAGUCUAAAGAAGGAAGUCGUUGAAAAAGAUACCGUCAUUGAAAAAUUGAAGUUCCAUAACAACGAUUACGAAAAGGAGAAUGCCAAAUUAAAGCGGGACUUCUCGAACAAGAAAAAUGAAUGUGAAGGUUACAUUCGUGAGAUCGAAAAACUGAACAAUGAGAAAUCGGAGGAGGAAAUUGUGAUUGAGCAACUGAAAAGCAAAGUCAAUAAACUUGAAAGGCAAUUGGAAGAUUUGAGACGAGACAAAGAGAUAGUUGUGACUCAAGUUGAGGAUUUGAGAAGCAGAGGCGACAGUGAAACAAGUGUCCUUAACGAGCAGAUCACGGAGAUACAGACAAGAGUUGAAGAAUACCGCACUGAAAUAAUCGAAAAAGAAACAGUGAUUGAGCGUCUACGAAUGAUGGUUUCUAAUAAUGAUGCAGAACUAGAUCGGCUGAGACGCGAACUGGAAACUAAAGAAGCUGAAUGUGAAGGAUAUAUCAAGGAGAUCGAGAGAUUAAAUCAAGAAAGGUACGACCUUCAAGCAGAGAUUUCCACAGUUCGCAACGAGUAUAAUAUCAUUAUCAAACAAUUGGAAGAAUCCAAAGCUGACAACGAACUGACUGAGGGUGAGACAGCGCUUCUGAACGACAAACUCUCCGAGAUAGAGACAAGAGUCGAGACAUACAAAACUGAAAUCAUAGAAAAGGAGACCCUUAUUGAGAGGCUGAGGAUUCUGAACAAUUCUAACGAGCAAGAGGUCGAAAAACUAAAGCGAGAUUAUGAAAACUGCAUGACAGAAUGCAAGGGUUAUAUCGCCGAGAUCCAAAAACUCAAUAACGAGAAGGCGGAUUUAGACGUUGAGUUGAAUCAUCGAAAUAGCAUGGUCGUAAAACUAGAGGGUCAGAUUGAGAACUACAAGAAAAACAACGACAGCCAGUAUAAAGAAAUUAUUACAACCUUGGAAUCAGACAUUGAAAAAUUGAAGCGCCAAAUAAAGACACAGAGCGAUGAGUGCGAAGGCUACAUUAAAGAGAUAGAAAUCCUUAACCAAGAGAUAUUUAGACUGAAAGGUCUAAUCGACACGGAUCCUAAUCGUUAUCAUACGGAAUUCGUUAUCGGACAAAAAGAAAAGAAAGUGGAACACCAGGUGAUUGUUAAGGAGCCAUCAGUAUCCACUACAGAAGUUUCCCGUUAUGAGAUGAGUCCCAAAAAGUUAGUUACAGUGAGAUCGCCAUUUGAGAGAAAGGAUGAAGAUCAGGGAUCUUCUCAUGUGUCUUCCAAGUACACCCGAAUUCAAAGAAGUGGAAGCCCAAUGAUCAAAGUCAAAGUCGAUCCAAGUGAAGAAACCACGACAGCUACUGCCACUUCAGACAACGGCCAGAAAGUGUAUACGAAAAAAGUCGUAAAAACAUACCGAAGUGAAAGCCCUGGAGCAAUGAAAGUCAGGAUUGACUCCCCAACAACAACUGUGACAGAAGUGAGGAGUGGUUCAGCAUUCCAGGAAAUUGCUCCUCAUAAGAUUACUGUCGAUUCUGACGGCAGCAGCAAGUAUAGCUUUGAACCUGUCAGAGAUGGACGGAGCUCAGCAGAGACGGUUACCAAAAUUACAAAAGUAAAAAAGUCUUACACCAAAGGAUCGUCUCUCGGUAGAGAUUCCGCGCCACUGUAAAAAAGAUAAUAUUAAAUCCGUGAAAUCUGUCGUCAGGUUCACAGGUAAUACGCAUAGCGCGUAAGUUAAUUUUGAAUUGUAUCAUGAAGGACAUUCAAUGCAUGUAUGCUGUCCUCAUAGUAGACUCGACGUAGGGUCAUUUUUUAAAUGGAAUUUAUUUUUUUGCUAUAUUUUCAUUUUCUACUGAUACAAAUAGAACAAGAUAUACUCUACAAGCUACCUUGCAUUGUUUGUCCUUAAUGAAACCUAGCUAGGCAGUCGUGCAAAUAAGUAAUAUUAUAUGAAUUUCAAAUGAGUCUGGGAUUAUAAAUCUCAAAUGACUUAACGUACGAGAAUUAAGAAACUAUGCCAUGGCAUAUUCAUAUAGUGUAUUGAAUCCGAGGUAAAUUUUCAGUUACUUAGAACGUGCCUGAUCCUAAAUGUACUCAGAGAUAAAAUAGUUAUUUCCAACUAAGUAAGUAAUUAACCUCAUUUGUUUUCGAGCCAGCAAACAAGUAAUAAGAGUAAGUAGCGGUUACCUAAAAAACUCAAUCAAGAAUAUUUUCCACGAAUGAAUUAAUUACAUUUCAGUCUGAGUGAUUAAAGUAAAAUGAUUUGAUAAAAUUUCGAAAGAGGAAAUCAAAAAAACUCUACUAAUUAAAUUAUAAAAAUCAUCCCCGCAUGGCGCGUUAAAAGGAAGUGUAUACUUUAUAUAGAUGGCCGAACCUUUUCGAUUUGGGCCCAAAUUAUGUCUCAUAACCCUUUGCAGGGUAAGGCAAGUCGCAUGGGAAAGUUGAAGCCAUAAUUUCGAUAUAAAAAAAUUAUAUUUUUGUUACUUCCUAUUUGUUACCUUUUUGUUACUUUAGAUGCUCGAAAAGAUUUGAUAGAAAAUAUCUGUUAGUAAAGUACAACCGGUCUAAAAUAGCUGGCAUGACGACUGAAACGUAAUAAGUUAAUAGGCUUAAUAGUAAAUCAAAUAAAAUAAAAUGAAUUAUGGAACUGUUACGUUAAAAAAAGAAUUAAUUACGGGAAUAAGGAUUUGUUGUCAGUCGUGAAUUAAUGAUAAUAUCAAAUAAAGAACAUUGAUUGAUUA